AUGCAGCUCACGACAGAGUAUGUUGCUCUUUCACCAGCGGCAGCAUCAACGAGAAGGACCCAGAUGUGGCAACCGAAAUCCCAUGCCGUUUCUUGCCCCAACAAAGCCGCCACGUUGAACCGAACCAUUUUCAAAUCACAGGGAAAGGAGGACCUGGAAUUGUUCAAAUGGUUUGGAAAGUUAUGCAACGGAACCUAUAUGGAAAUGGGUGCCCUGGAUGGAAUCGAAUUCAGCAAUACGCACGCCUUUCACCAUGGUCUCGAUUGGAAAGGAUUGCUUCUCGAAGCAUCUCCCCGCAACUACGAAAAGCUGGUAAAGAAUCGACCCAAUGAAUUGGCAUUGGUUCAUGCGGGCGUCUGCGCACAAGCCUCGGAUUUGCAUUGGGUCGAAGGAAUAUGGACCGCCACAGGAGGCUUUUUGGAAUUUGCCACAGAGUUUCACAAAGAGAAACUUUUUUCUAAAAAACAAUUGGAGCAGGCCCAAGUUGUCAGGUGUCGGCCUCUGAGGGAUACUAUCAAAGAAAAACUGGGAGAGAAUGUGUAUUUUGACUUUUACUCGUUGGACAUUGAAGGUGCUGAGUACGCCGCCCUGGAAUCCCUCGAUUUUGACACGGUCAGCUUUGGCAUGAUCUUGGUCGAAGCCAAUGGUCAGAACCCCAUCAAAGAUAUGGCAGUCAAGACUCUGUUGGAGAGCAAGGGGUAUCGAUAUAUGCCCACAAAUCAAGAAAAUACCAAAUUUGGGUCGUUGUGGUUCGUCAACAAGGAUUGGCACAAUAUCUACAAGGAUCUAAUGUAUGCAUUAUAG